GUGAACCUUAACAACUCACCAGAGACUAUACCCAACCAACAAGAAUGGCUUCCUCAGUCCUUCAGAUGAUGAUGGCCGUGGGACUACUUACUUUGAUUCUUCCCUGUCAUGCUGUUGAUAAGCCAACAGUCUCUGAUCCAAAACAAAAUACAGAACUCCCAUCAUUUUUAAAUUCCCUGGGCACUGGAAUCCUUGAGUCUGCAGUGGAAUAUGUUCUUUCCUCAAUGGCCCGGAGAUCUGGAUUCUCUGAUAUGGAAGAUAAACCAGAAAAGGCUUCAUAAAAAGAACUGGAUGCUGAUCUCAGCUCCUCAACAGACCAGGCCACUCCUUUCCCUCAGCUUUCCUGGCUGCCCAGCCCAGAGACCCUGAG